AUGGCCUCUUUACCAAACGAACCUUUGCUUUCGGACCGACCUUCCUCUACCGAUAUACUAAGCACUACGGCUAAAGGAGAUGACGCAAGCCAAGAUAAGUUAAUUGAUAAAGCAAUUGAGAAUCAAGCGAUUGAGGGUCAAGCGGCUAAAGGUCAGGCGGCUAAGGGUCAGGCGGCUGAAGGUCAAGCGGCUGAGGGUCAAGCAGAUAAGGACGAAGCACAAGAAAGUGAAGCAGAUAUAAUACGCGGCGAAAGCGUAGAAGAAGAAAACUUAAAUUUGCAAAGUGAACAAAUUACUUUGCUUAGCGCAAAUCCUUAUCUUCAGUCUAGCAAAGCUCAAUUGGCUACGGAUGCGCCAAACCUUACUUUUGCUGAGCGCCGCGCUACUACAACUCGACAGCUAUCCGCAAACGCAAUCAAAUAUACUUCGGCUAUUCAAUCCGAAAUGAACAAAGGCAUCGUUCCUGACAAUACUAGCAUAAGUACCAACAGCUUUCACAAUCGCACUAAAAAAGCUUUCGCGCAAAAAGCUCUUAAAGGGUCUUUCACUGUCUCGGGCCCAAUUAUAGCUACAAAAACCGCGACGAGGACGAUGCCUUAUAGUGAUACAGAUGAAGAAGAGCAAGGCGAUGAUAAGGAAAACUCAAGUGAAAAUGAUAUUCCUCUCUCUCAACACAAAAAAGCUAAAAAAUCACUCUCGACGGCUAGAGCUGCUCGCUCCGUUCUAUCAGCUGGCAAAUCACCUUCGGCAGCUAAAACUUCUUUUCGUCAAAAAUCCAAAAAAGGCAAGUAUCUUAAAAAGUCUGCAGUUGUUGCGAAAAAAAGAGGUCUAAGCCAACGAAAGCGCCGUCGCUACAAGCCAAGAACUACUGCGUUAAGAGAGAUCCGACGAUAUCAAAAAGGCACCGAGCUUCUUAUCAAAAAGACUCCUUUUCAGCGUCUUGUUCGAGAGAUCACUCACGAUUUUAAACAAGACUUUAAAUUUCAAAGCGGUGCUUUAGAAUGUUUACAAGAAGCUUCAGAAGCAUUCUUCGUAAAAGAGUUUGAAAUGACGAACUUAUAUGUUAUUCACGCUAAACGAGUAACGAUUCAAAACAAAGAUAUAGCGUUAGUUAGGAAAUUGCGGGAAAUCAUGACUAGAAGUUUUGUUUAG